GCAGAGUCUGCAUCCAUCGCAGAGAGGAGGCCUGUGUGGUAUGGGGCGGGCCAGGAGCAAGGAGAGGCCUUCCUCCCUUUGUGCUCCCCCCCGCACCCCCCCAGCCCUAUAAAUAGGCCCAGCCCAGGCUGUGGCUCAGCCCUCGGAGGGACUGGAGCACCAAGCAGCGAGCGGUCUCAAGCCAAGCCCCCAGCUAACAUGGCCAGCGAGUUCAAGAAGAAGAUCUUCUGGAGGGCUGUGGUGGCCGAGUUCUUGGCCAUGACCCUCUUCGUCUUCAUCAGCAUUGGCACUGCCCUGGGCUUCAAUUACCCAGUUGGGGGAAACCAGACGGCUGUGCAGGACAAUGUGAAGGUGUCUCUGGCUUUUGGGCUAAGCAUUGCCACACUGGCCCAGAGCGUGGGCCACAUCAGCGGUGCCCACCUCAACCCGGCUGUCACCCUGGGGCUCCUGCUCAGUUGUCAGAUCAGCAUCCUUCGGGCAGUCAUGUACAUCAUCGCCCAGUGCGUGGGGGCCAUCGUCGCCACCGCCAUCCUCUCAGGCAUCACCUCCAACCUGCCUGAAAACUCACUUGGCCGCAACGACCUGGCCGUUGGUGUGAACUCGGGCCAGGGCCUCGGCAUUGAGAUCAUCGGCACCCUGCAGCUGGUGCUGUGUGUGCUGGCCACCACCGACCGGAGGCGCCGCGACCUUGGUGGCUCUGCUCCCUUAGCCAUCGGCCUCUCCGUGGCCCUGGGGCACCUGCUGGCUAUUGACUACACUGGCUGUGGUAUUAACCCUGCUCGGUCCUUUGGCUCCGCAGUGAUCACCCACAACUUCAGCAACCACUGGAUCUUCUGGGUCGGGCCUUUCAUCGGGGGAGCCCUGGCAGUGCUGAUCUACGACUUCAUCCUGGCCCCCCGCAACAGUGACCUCACAGACCGCAUGAAGGUGUGGACCAGUGGCCAGGUGGAGGAGUAUGACCUGGACGCAGAUGACAUCAACUCCAGGGUGGAGAUGAAGCCCAAAUAGAAGGACCUGCCCUCAGCAUCCAUGUGGGGGCAGGGGCAGGGAUGGGCGGAGGGAGGGGAGGGCUGAAAUUCAUAUUGUAGACACUCUGCCAAGCCGGCCAACGUCACUCCCCAAGGUUUGCCAAACCUGCGCAGCCAGGCCUCAUUGGAGGUGUUUCUCUUACUUGCUUUCUUUCUCUGUUUCCUGGGCCUCAGAGCUUCCUGGGGACCAAGAUUUACCAAUUUACUCCUCCCUUGUUGUCACCGAAGAAGUGAAAGAGAGGAACCCAUCUGCUAUUGUCCCCUCAGGGUGUGUUGGGAGGUGUGCCAGAAAGUCUCCCCUCACCC